GUGCUUGGCCCAAUUGAAGACCCUGCCAUUGCAGAGGGCGAAAGCCCCUGCCACCAUGUCCCUGCGCCGACUGGAAGUGACUCAGUCUGAGGCUUUUUGUGGUACGGCGUGGAGAAGUUUGCUGCAGCCGCUUCGCGCAGGUGGAGUGCACUUACAGGAGUUGUGCCUCGGCCACCUGCUGAUCGCAGGAGAUGGGACAUUCUGGAGCUGUCUAUGUCCAGUCGCCUCAAAGCUGCUCAUGCUGCAGCUUCCGGACUUGAUUGUCUGUAACCCAGGUGGCAGCCCUUUAGCCUUUGCGGAUGGCGCAUCGGUGGCACUGCCUCUGCUGCGCGUUCUUCGCUUGCCACGUGCCAUGCUUGUGGAAUGCUGCUCCAGAAGCUUGGUGGCUGAAGCAGUGUCAUCACAGACAGCAUGCUGGGAGGCACUGGCCCGACAGUUCUGCCGCUUGCCAGACCUCCGCGAAGUCGACAUUUCAGGAGCGUGGCGGCCCAUCGAUCCGGCUCAGAUUCGGAUACUACCAGAUGACCAAGAUGAUGGCCCAUCUGCUAGAUCUGGAUCGUCGCAGGCAGGCAAAACCUGA